GAUAAACAAUGUUAGUCGGCGAGUCUGUGUUUGAUACAGCAACUUUUUAAAUAAAUAAAAAGCAACAGUGAAUUGAAUUUUUGACCAAAUCGAUACUUCGAAUUCUUAUCUUAUCAUUCACAAUUUAAAGAAUAUGCAAUAUUGUUUAUUUACCUGUAGAGAGUAAUCCCUGAGUAAAUGACGUGUCGUCUUAGCACAUGCGCAUGACGACAGUUCUGAAAUCUGUGAGUGGGCUUGAUAUAAUGAAAGGAUAAUUUUAUAGUAUUUAUAUACAUUAAAAAAUGUUAUGAUUGAACAAGAACAGACAUAUUCAGAAUUGAGAUGUACGUUUUAUAAACUACAUAUUUUUGCAUUUUUCUGCGUAAAACAUGUUUAGAAGAUUGCGAGAGAGGAUUGCCGAAGAAGCGACUAAAUUCCCAGUUGGUCAGUUGGGCAAUACUCCUGGGAAACUCUUGCCUGAUUCAGAAAAUAAAUCUGCCACAGCUAAUUCAUCUGAGGAUCUGAUCACUCUUAGUGACAGUUCAUCUGUUGUUGUACCUCAUACUAGUACUCAGCAAUUUAGUAUUGGUGAAGAUGAAGAUGGUUCUUUGAGUGAACAAAGCACUCCACAGAAAAAAAAUGACUCAACGGGUGGCUCUGAUUCAUUUUAUAGUCCAGGUUCACCAAAAGAUGCUCAUUCGGGUGCUGUGUCUGAUGUAAAUUUUUGUCAAGAAUAUCGGCCCACUAAAUCAUGGUACAUUCCUCAGUCUGAUAUUGAAAGUGAAAGAGAAGAAAUUCCUACAUUAAAUUUAGAUGGUAUAUCUAAAGAUCGACUUCUGGCGGAAAUACAAUCUCUGAAAGCAAAAGCGUAUAAAUACAAAAAUAAGUAUGCAGAAGUUGUUAAAAACUUUAAAGAGUUACGAGAUGAAAAAACAAAGAUUGAAAAUUUAUUGAUUGAAAAUCAAGACAAAGGAUUGCGCAGAAUAGCUGAGCUUAGAGAACAGUGCCAACUGGAACAAAAAGCGAAAGCUCAUCUUGAAGCAAAUCUGAGAUUAUUACUUGAAGAAAAAGAUUCUCGAAUAUCUGUGCUGGAAACACAGAUAAAUUUGCUUAAAGAAGGUGAAAACUGCAGUGGGUCAAAAUCUCUACCUGAUGUUGACAAUUCAAAUUUACAUGAAGAUGUCAGCAAUAAUGUGCAAAGAGAAGAAAAUUCAACUCCAGUACCUCAAGAUAGUCCUGCUCUUCAAGAAAAAAUAGAAAGACUAGAACAUCAACAUAAACAAGCCAAGAAAACUAUUACUGCUCAGACAGACCAAAUAACUCUCCUCAGAAAGCAGAAUGAAAGUCUUUCAAAGGAGCUUGAAGAAAAGGUCAAGAAGUUAAAUGAAUUAGAGGAUGAACAACUAAAAAUGAAAUCAGAACAUGAAUUCAUUUUAAAAAAUAUGCAGAUUCGUUUAGAAGAAUUAGAAAAGCAGCAAGAAGAAAGUAUAAUGUCAAUGGCUGAAACGAAAAAAAACAUGCAUGAAGAGUUAGAAUUGAAAGAAAAGCAGCUUAUUAAAGCAGAAGAAGAAGCUCGACAGUAUCAAGCUGCAGCUGAACUAGAAAAAGCAAAGAUUUCAGAAUUGCAAAAGCAGCAUGAAGAAAAGAUUAAUGAACUUCAGCAUCAGCUAGAAUCUACAGAAAAGGCUUUGGAAGAGGAAAAGCAGAAUUUAAUGCAAGAACUUAAUAGAGGGAAGACAGCUGCUAUAACUCUAAUGAAGCAAGAGAAUGAGAAAAAGGUGGCAGCUAUUGAAGAAGAAUGGAAAUCUAAGUUGCAAGAACUACAGCUAAAAAGUGAGCAAAGUGCAGAAUUAAAGGCUGGAGAUUUAGUAAAAGAAUUACAUGAAGUGGAAGAAAGAAAAAGUAUAAAACUGCCCAACAGAAAGUGGAUGAGCUUAAUUCCCUUAUAUCUCAGCUUGAGUUUCAGUCUUAAUGAAAGGAAACUGGAAGAUCAGUCCAUUUGUCCUGUUUUUAAACAAGGUUCCAAAUUUUUUAUUAGAUCUGAAAUUGAUAUCUGCUGCUCAGAUAUAGAAAAACUAAAGGCCAGUCUCUCUGAUUAUGAAAUUUUGAAAGAAAAAGGAAUUUUAUGUAAAGAUUUGGAAACUAUAAAUUUAGAAUUAAAUGAUAAACUUGAAAUUUACAAACAAAAGGAGAUAAAUUUAGUUGAAGAAUUAAAUGUAAGAGCAGUUGCAUUUCAUAGCCUUGAAGAGCAAAAUAAGGAGCUAAUUAAUCAGAUAGAAGCGUACAAGAAAGAGUGUGAUGAAGCAUUGAAAAAUUUUCAAAAUAUAGAAAAAGAAUUAAAAUCAAAAUUGCAGUAUCUGAAUAAAGAACUUCAGGGUUUAUUAUCUGAUAACGAGUCAAAAUCAAAAGAAGUAGGUUAUUUAAAUAAAGCUUUACUAGAUGCAAAAAAUGAAGAAAAACUGCUACAUGAGCAGUUGUCAAAAAGCGAGAGUGAAAUUCAUCAACUGGCUUCUGAAAAGUCUGAACUAAUAUCUGAAAAAAAAUUAUUAGUUAGUGAUAUUCAGAGCUUGCAAGAGAAGUUAAAAACAAAUGAAAACAAUCUGUUGUUUGCUAGUAUGAUAGUAAAUGAUGCUAAGAAUGAGGUUAUUUUAUUAAAUGACGCUAUAACUGAAAAAGAAAAAAAAAUUGAUAACUUACUGAAAAUGUUUACUGACCUUGAAAGAGCAGUAUCAUGCUUGGAAAACAAAGAAAAUGACUUCAAAAUGAUAGUAAUGAAAUUAAAAAAUAUAUGCUGUGUCAUUUUAGAAAGAUUUAAUUAUAUUUUUGAUGUUUUCAAACUGUUGAAUAAAGAAAAAACAUCCAUUAAAUUUCUUCCUGUGGAAGAUAGCUUGAAAUUAAAACCUGAUUCUUAUGCAACUUCAAGAAGAGAAGAGAAUACUGUUGAGAAUAAUUUAAUUUUUGAAGAGAAAUCCAAUGUUAAUACUGAAAGUGUUGUAGUUAGUGAAUUUAUCAAAGUCUUGCAGGAGAAUUCUACUUUGUCUCUUAAGGAACUGUAUGAUCUUAAAGGAAUUGAUUUAAAUAAAUUACAGAAAGUUUUUAAUAAACUUUUUACUGAAAAUACAAAGCUGAAAGAAGACUUGGAUAAUUUGAAAAUGUUUUCUGAAACUCAGAAUGUUGAGUUUGCAAAAAAUAUCACUCAACUACACCAGUCUUUGAAUGAUUUGCAAGAUGAACGUAAUAACUUAAGUUUAGUCUUGCAGAGCAUAGAAGAAACUCAUGCAUGGCAAGUAAAUCCUGAAUCUGUAAGUGAAAUAAAAAGUGCAAAAGAAAACUUUAAAAAAGAUUUGCUUGAAAAGGAAAGUAAAACUUGGACAGAAUUUAACAUCUCAGAAUUAAAUUCUAAAGUCAGAUCUGAAAUAGAUGCACUUGCUUCUCAAACAGAGCAUAUUAACACUGAACUUAAAACUCUACGUGAUCAGUUUAAUUCAUCUCAGGUUGCUUAUUCAGAAAAAGUAAAAGAACUUACUGCCAAACUUCUCUUCAGGACUGAACUGCUUUUGUUAACAAGGGAGGACUUAGAGUUCUCAGUUCAUAACUGUGAAUGUUUGAAAGAAUUGCUAGAUAAUCUGAAACAGGAAAUUGCAGCUAAAGAGGACUUGUUGAAAACAUGUGAAUCAGAGAAAAAAGAGUUAGAAAUCAAAUGUAAAUUAUUAAAAGAUAAAUAUUAUAAAAAAGAAUGUGAAUUAAAAGAAAUUCAUAACUCCCAGCUCUGGGAUUUAAAAAACCAAACUAAAUUAACAAUUGAUAAACUGAGUGAACAGAUAAAGAAUUUAAAUGUGGCUCUAAGUAAUAAAGAUAAUGAUUUUAAACUGCAGCUUUCUAAUGCGAAACAGAGUUGUGAUAAAGAAAUACUUGUCCUAAAGGAAUUAUUAGAAAAUAUAAUUUUAAAGUCUGGGAAAGAUCUGUCUAAUAUGGUAAAUAAGUUAAAUGUGUUAAAUUUCAAAAUAAGGAGUUUAAGCUGUGAAAUGAAGAGUGUAUCCUCAAAACUAAGAGAUAAAGAUGAGCAGAUUUUUGAACAGCAGUCUAAGAUGAAUAGUCUUAUACAGCAAAAUGAAGAACUUCAAAAUCAUGUAGAAUCUCUCUCAAAUCUUUUAGAAGAAGCAAAUAAAGCUCUAGAAGAGGAGAAGCAAGAACGGCACAUGUGUGAAAAUGAUGUUAUAUGUUGGAAGGAAAAGUUUGAAACAACCAAACAGGAAGUUAAAAAUAUAUACUGUGCUGCAGAAAUAGAUAAAGAGAAACUAAAAUUUUCAUUGGAUGAAACAAAGUCAGAGCUUAAUAAGGCAAAUUUAAAAUAUUCAAAUAUAUGUUCUAAAUUUGAAGAAGCUGAAGCUCGGAUACAAAGUUUAACCACUCAGAGUGCUGAACAUGUAAAAUUGCAGCAAAAGUGUGACUCAUUAAUAUAUGAAAUAGAAUGCUUAAAUAAAAGUUUGAAUGAGGAAAAGCAAAAUUGUGUUUUGAAAGAUAAUAUCCUUAUUGAAUGGAAAGAAAAGUAUGAGUCUGUUAUAUCAAAAAUUAAAGAAAUUUCUUUAAAAGUGGACUCGGAUAUGUCUAAAAUAAACAUGCUUCUUUAUGAAAAAAAUGUGCACAUGAAAAAUACACUGUCAAAAUUUGCAGAACUUUCUACAAAAUUUAAAAAUGAAAGCAAUGAAAUUUUAAAGUUGAAACAGAAAUUAGUUGUGAAUUCUAAAGAAUUAGAAAGUGCUAUAGUUGAAUUAAAAGCAGAAAAGGAGAGCAAAAUAGUGACUGAAAAUGCGGUUUCAGAUUGGCAGUCUAAAUAUAAAAGUUUAGAAUGUAAUCUGGCUGAAAUUUCUUCUGAAAAACAGAAAUUAGAAAUAACUUUGAAAGAACUAGAAAAUAUUAUAGCUGAUUUAAAAGUAGAAAAGGAAAACAAAAUGUUGGCUGAAAAUGCAAUUUCAGAAUGGCAAUCUAAAUAUAAAGAUUUAGAAUGCAGUUUGGCUGAAAUUUCUUCUGAAAAGCAGAAAUUAGAGAUAACUUCAAAAGAACUAGAAAAUAUUAAAGCUGAUUUAAAAGUGGAAAAAGAAAACAGAAUUUUGGCUGAAAAUGCAGUUUCAGAAUGGCAGUCUAAAUAUAAAGAUUUGGAAUCCAAUUUGGCUAAAAUUUGUUCUGAAAAGCUGGAAUUAGAGAUAACUUCUAAAGAAAUGGAAACUAUUAUAGCUAAUUUAAACGUGGAAGAGAAAAACAGAAUUUUAGCUGAAAAUGCAGUUUCAAAUUGGCAGUCUAAAUGUAAAGAUUUAGAAUAUAGACUGGCAGAAAUUUCUUCUGAAACACUAACCAAACUAGAUCAACUUAAAUCUGAGCUUGCUAUAAAAGAAUCCGAACAAAAGGGUCUUGAAAAGAAAUUAUCCGAGUCAACUGCUGAGAUGGAAAAACUGAAAAUACAGUGUGCAAAUUUUCUUGAAUUACAGGAAGAAAAAAAUAAAUGUCUUAAAAAUUUACAAUUUGCAGAAAAAAUGUUAGACGAAGAAAAGAAAAUUAGAGCUGCAGUUGAAGAGAACGUCAUUGAAUGGAAAUCAAAAUAUGAUACUGCACUAUCUGAAGUUAACAAAUUUUCUGAUUUGCUUGAAAAAGCAGAAGAAUCUAUAAAACAGUUGCAGUUUGAAUUAGAAGAAAAAAAUUCAGAGGUUGAAAAAACUGCUGUUCUUGCAGAAGAGUUUGAAUCCAUGCAGCUAAGUUAUGAAACUCAGAUAAAAAAUCUAAAUGAUUUGACUAAUAAGCUGAAAGCUGAAGCAAAGAAGCUUUCCAUCCUUGUAGAUGAAAAGGAAACUAUUAUAAAAUGCAUCCAAAAAGAACAGGAAAAUUUAGAAACUCAUCAUGAAGAAAGCCUUAAGUGCAUGAAGGAUAAGUUGGAAAAUGCUGAAAAGAACUACAGAACUCAAAUGGAGGAAAUGAAACUGAAAUUUUUCCAGCUUGAAAAAGAAAAGUCAGCUGUAGAAGAUAAAAAUAAAGAGCUUGUAAGUAUACAAACUAAAUUUUCUGAACUUAAAGCAACAGAAAAUGAUUUGAAAUCAAAAUUAAAAUCUAAGGAGGAAGAACUGAAUGUUUUGCAACAAAGAUUUGAAACAGUAAACAAAGAACAAGUGGAAAAAAUUCAUAGUUUUCUGGAAUCUAUGAAAGACAAAGAAAACAUGAUAGUCAAGUUAAAGACUAAUCUUGAGCUGAUAACAAAAGAAAAUUCUGAAAAAAUUGAUGAUUUGAAUAAAAGAAUUAAAAUUUUAGAAGAAGAGCGUGAGCAGUUGAUGUUGCAAGCUCAAGAACGUGUUUCAAAUACUGAAGCAAAAUGUCGAGAGGAUAUUAGAGCAUUACAGGAAGCCAAUAACAGGUUACUUUCAGAAAAUAAAGAACUUGAAAAACUGAAAGUUAAAAUUGGACUUUUAAAUAACCAGUUAGAUGAAAGUCUUCUUGUAGCUGAAGCUAAUCAAGCUGCUGCUUCUAAAGAAAUAGCAGAACUAAAAGAGCAGCUUGCAAUGGCUCAGGAAAAGGUAUGCAGCAUUGAGAAAGAAAAAUCCAGUUUUGAAACACAAUUGUCUGAGAAUUUACAGAAGCUUCAAACUGAGAAUAAAAUUCUGUUGUCAAAGACUGAUAAUGUAGAGCAACUUAAAGCAGAAAAAGAGGAACUGAAUGAAAAGUUAAAAUUUGUUGAAAAACAAGUAACGUAUUUAAAACAGUUGGAAGAAGAGAAAAAAUGUCUGAAAGAAGAAAAAGAAAGUAUAAUAGAAGAAUUAAAAUUAAUAAAAUCUGUACAGGAAGAAGUUUUUACUUUGCAAGAAAAAGUAAAUUCCUUUCAACUAAAUGAGAAUCUGCUUAAAACAGAAAUUGAAAACUUAAAAGCUAAUAAAGAAAAGUUGAUGUCUGAACUAUCUGUUAUCAAAGAUUCUUUAAACAGUGAAAAAGAGUCUUUUAAGUAUGAAAAGGAAAAGUUGCUGAAACGUAUUAGCUUGUUGGAAAAUUUUGACUCUUCAGAUUCAGAAAAUGCUGCAUUAAAAGAUUAUAUUGCUAUGAUUAAAGGGGAUUAUGAAACAGCAUUGAAAGCAAAAGAAACUGAGAUGGAAAGUAAAUUAAAACAGCUUGUUAAAGACUUUUGUGUUCAGAUGGAUAUAAAGGAUAAAGACUGUGAUCAAAUGAUUUCAGAAAUGAUUGAGAAAAGUCAAAAUCUGGAGGAGAGACUGCAAAAAGAAUAUAGGAAUGAAAUAGCUGCUUUAAAACAAGAUAUGUUUGAAAAAGCUUGUGCCUUAGAAGAGAUGCGAGAAUCUUAUGAAGAAGCUUUACAUGAAAAAGAUGUAAAAAUAAAAGAGUUAGAAUUGGCCCUGAAAAAUUUAUCACCGAAUUGUGGUAAUGCAUCUUCAGGUGAUUGGGAUGAUACAUGGGCUGUUCCUGAAGAGAUUGUGGAGAAUUCUAGUCCAGUUCACGAUUCAAAAUCUUGUAAAGAGCAUUUGCAACAAAUUGAAUCUUUACAGGAAGAAUUGUCAAAAUCCAAUUCUGAAAUCAAGGAACUUAAGAUUCUUUUACGCCUCAGUCCUCCGGAAUCUAUGGUUAAUAAUAACAACAGAAGAGAUUCAUUGCAGUCUAUUCCAGAACCUACAGAAUUUGAGUACUUGAAGAACAUUAUUUAUGAAUACAUGAUGGGAAAGGAGCCAGUUGUAAGUGCAUUUAUUUUGAUUACUUGA